UCUUAAAGGACCCUGAGUGUAAGUUUGAGACAUUUUCUCAGAGUCUGGUGCUUUGCGCCUGUUAUUUAAGAGCUCUGACGUCGUGAUGAACAUACAGAUGAUCAGUUCUACGAGAAAAUGCAUCGCAGCGAGGAGCUUGGAUCUUUAGUCUGUUACGCCGACGCGGAAUGAGGUGUAAUUCGUCCAAAAUGUGACACGGCACCAGCGCAAGGGGCUCACGGUUGGACAGCCGAGGUGUCAUCGAUCUGACCUGAUAUGAUCGCUGAUAAAUAACGCUGCGAGAUGGAUCUCCUCUCCGUUUCUGUUCCGUGACGCGCUGGGGAGUCAGGCGGAACUGAGCAGCGCGAGCACCGGCCCAUGUACCGGGGGAACGGCAGCGUGACAGCGGCCCGGGAGCGGCAGCGGAGGUCUUGAGAUUCGUUCCUCCGGGUUUUGCGCAGCGAGGCGCGGGGAACGAUGGGCUGCGCUCCCAGCAUUCACGUCUCGCAGAGCGGGGUGAUCUACUGCCGCGACUCGGAUGAGUCCAACUCGCCGCACCAGACCACUACUAUCUCGCAGGGCACCGCGACCACCCUGCACGGCCUCUUCAUUAAGACCGACGCGGCGGAUACCAUCCCCUCCGUGAUCGCGUACCAGACCAGGCACACACGGACCAACUCCCACCGGGAGCGGAGAGAGAACAGCGGCGGACAGAUGUGCACAGAGGCCGAGACCCAGACCAGCUGCACCAGCGUCAAGGUGUCUGGUGCUGAGGAUCGAUUGGGGCCGAUGCGACUGAGCCAUGAACCCAUACAGGUGUUACUGGUCUUCGCCAAAGAGGACAGUCAGAGCGAUGCCUUCUGGUGGGCGUGCGAGAGGGCCGCUUUCAGGUGCAACAUCGCACGCACACCUGAGUCUGCGCUCGAGUGUUUCCUGGACAAACACCACGAGAUCGUCAUCAUCGAUGGACGACACCCGCGAUACUUUGAGGCCGAGGCCAUCUGUCGGAUGAUUCGAGCAACCAAGCUGUCUGAACACACAGUUAUUUUGGCAGUGAUGCCCCAAACUCCGUCAGAUCAGGAGGAACCAUCUGUCCUUCCUCUUCUCUCUGCUGGCUUCUCUAGACGGUACCUGGAGAACAGCAGUGUUUCAGCCUGCUAUAAUGAGUUAAUCCAGCUGGAGCACGGAGAGGUUCGGGCUCAGUUCAAGCUGAGGGCUUGUAACGCUGUGUUUACUGCACUAGAACAGUGUCAGGAGGCCGUGGAGAUCAGCAGUGAGGAUCAUGUCAUACAAUAUGUAAAUCCAGCGUUUGAAAAGAUGAUGGGUUAUCAUCGAGGAGAACUGAUCGGUAAGGAGCUGACCGAACUGCCCAGGAGUGACAAGAACAGCGCCGACCUGCUGGACACCAUCAACACCUGCAUCAAGAAAGGAAAGGAAUGGCAGGGGAUCUAUUUCUCAAGGAGGAAGUCAGGGGACAGUAUUCAGCAAUAUGUCAAAAUCACUCCUGUGGUUGGCCAGGGAGGAAAAAUCCGUCAUUUCGUGUCCAUCAAGAGGCCUUACAGUGACAACCACAGACAGGUUCACAAGCUGAGCAAAGAAGAGAAAUGCUGUGGUGAACACUCACAAUCAGAAUGCAACUCCUUGCGUCACAAGGACCGGAGGAAAGAGUCUGUGGACGUCAGAUCAAUCAGCUCUCACAGCAGCGACGCUCCUAGUCUACAGAACCGCAGAUAUUCCUCUAUGGCCCGAAUUCAUUCGAUGACGAUUGAGGCUCCGAUCACUAAGGUGAUAAAUAUCAUUAACGCCGCGCAGGAGAGCAGUCCGGUGACGGUAGCGGAAGCUCUGGAUCGUGUUCUGGAGAUUUUGAGGACCACUGAACUCUACUCACCCCAGCUGGCGUCAAAAGAGGACGAUCCCCACACCAAUGACCUGGUCGGGGGACUCAUGAGUGACGGACUCAGAAGGCUCUCCGGGAACGAGUACAUCUUCUCCAAAAGUGCUUUACAAAACAUGAGUCAGAGUCAGCUGGGUGUGCCCGUCCCGCUGAAUGACAUCCCGCCGUCCAUCGCAGAGCUGCUGAAUGAAGAGGAGCAGUGGGAGUUCAACAUCCUGGAGCUGGAGGCAGCCACACACAAGAGGCCACUGUCGUACCUGGGUCUGAAGAUCUUCUCUGCGUUUGGCGUGUGCGAGUUUCUGAACUGCUCCGAGUCCACGCUGCGCUUGUGGCUGCAGGUGAUCGAGACCAACUAUCACUCCUCAAACUCCUACCAUAACUCCACACACGCCGCUGACGUGCUGCACGCCACCGCUUACUUCCUGCGCAAGGAGAGAGUCAAGGCCAGUCUUGACCAGCUAGAUGAAGUUGCCGCUCUGUUAGCUGCGACAGUUCAUGACGUGGAUCAUCCGGGCCGCACAAACUCAUUCCUGUGCAACGCAGGCAGUGAAUUGGCCAUUCUGUACAACGAUACAGCCGUACUGGAGAGUCACCAUGCUGCUCUCGCCUUCCAGCUCACCGUACGGGACAGCAAGUGCAACAUCUUCAAGAACAUGGAAAGGACUCAGUUUCGGACGCUGCGGCAGGCCAUAAUCGACAUGGUAUUGGCAACAGAAAUGACUCGACACUUCGAACACGUCAAUAAGUUCGUCAACAGCAUCAACAAACCCAUGAGUGCCAUAGAAGAGACAAGUUCCAAUAGUGAAGGCAGUGAUUGUGAGGGUCAGGCCAGUAUUCGUAACUCUCCUGAGAAUCGGCUACUGAUUAAACGAAUGCUGAUUAAAUGUGCGGAUGUGGCCAAUCCCUGUCGACCGCUGGAGCUCUGCAUUGAAUGGGCCGGUCGCAUUUCAGAGGAGUAUUUCGCUCAGACUGAUGAAGAGAAAAGACAGGGUUUGCCGGUUGUCAUGCCAGUGUUUGACCGGAACACCUGCAGCAUUCCUAAAUCCCAGAUCUCCUUCAUCGACUAUUUCAUCACAGACAUGUUUGAUGCAUGGGAUGCCUUUGCCAGUUUGCCAGGUCUGAUGGAGCAUUUGGCAGAGAACUACAAAUACUGGAAGAACUUGGAUGAGAUGAAAUGUAAAAGCCUUCGGCCUCCACCUCCUCCAUGACCCUUUCGACGCCCUUACCCCUGAGGUCAAAGGUCAGAGGUUACGCCGUGAAUGUAGCAUCUCUGUCAGGCCUCCAGGUUUCCGUCCACUGAACACAGAUCAGCAGCCCUGUUUCCACAUCUAGCGACAAUCGCCCGGUAACAAGGGUAAAACACAAACAAAUGACAAAACGAAUGCACUUUAUCAGCAUACAGUCCUCUUCCAGCAUCUUUCACUUACGUCUCUUCUCUUUUAAAAAAAUACUCAGCUGUUUUUAAUGAUUUAUGGACAAUUAUUUUUGUAAUGUCUGACAUGAGAAGAUAAAGACUGAUCUUUGACCGGUAGAGGACUGUAUAUGUUUUACACGCUCAACUAUGGGAUUUAGAGUGGGACUGACAUGUGAGCUAUACAUGUGUAUACAUUAACAGAUACGUGGAUCACAGAUCCAAAUGCCAAAGGGCUUUAUUUGGACUUUGAAGCAGAUAUAAGGAGGACAAAAAACUUUGGAAACCACAAAGGAGCCAAUAGUGAGCCCUGAGGCACUCCCUUCAGUCUCGCCUUUAUUCAUUUGAUAAGAUUCAAAUUUUGUGGACAGACUCAAAUGUCAAGUUGCCAAACUGAAAGAACUGAAGAUGCAUUUGCAUUCGGAUGAUGAAUCGGUGUUGACCAGCACCGAGCGCAAUUCAGUGUGCGAGAAUGUAAAAACGACGGAUCAGCCUGCUGCGGGCCGUCAUUAUUCCGGCACUUUCUGUAUCAGAACGACUCAAGCCUUUCUCAGACUCCAAGGACUGGUAAAUAAUGAUCAAUAAUUUUGAUAUAAAUAGCCAAUAAUAACAAAGAAUAUAUUUCUCUGAAACACUGUAUAUCCCGACACAUACUGUAAUAACGUGAAUCGUGAUAAUGCGUGUCUGUGUAAGGGUAGAGCGGGUGUGUGUGUGUGCUUAGUGAUGAAUGUAUACACAUUUUACACAUUAACAUUCCUACUUCACGCAAAAGUCCGUAUGGAUGCAACAUUCCCUUAAAAAAGAAACAAAGAUAAGAGUUAUCCUCUGUGUGAAACCAAACUCCAGCACAGCCUCAUGAAGAGACCACUGAAACUGAUGGUGGACUCGCACGUAUUACAAGUGUUACAUAGGUUUUUUUUUAAGUAUUAUUUAUUUACAAAUGAAAUCGGCUGUAUAUCUCGGGUCUAGACACACAUCGCAGACAACCUUCGGAUGUUUCUGCAAGCCAAAAGCUAUCAGGCUCCAAAGGUGCGUUUAUAAUCAAGCACAAUGAUGAGUUUUAAACAGAUGUUUGGCUGAAGCUAUUUCGACUGGAAACUAGUUUAGUAUUCUUGAAAUCUGUCACUCUGACCGAUUGGUGAGACAAAAGAUGUUUUUGUUAGGCAAAACUGCAGGAGUCAUUUGUUAUUUGUGCACCUCAUUACAGUUGGACACGCAGCUGAACUGCACUGGCUCGCAGACAGGCUUAGUGGGAAUUUAUGAAAUGUUUGUAUUCAGUUGACAUUCAGCCUCUUACUCUUUAUGUUGUAUAGACGCGAUCGGAAAGAAGCUCUUGAGGACUUUUAAGAUGACGGUUCUAGAACACACCAGCACAAUAAAGCAGAGGGUUUUAGCAUGUUA